UAAUUUCCACUUGUUGAAAUAUUCUAUUUUGAUCAUCAUAGUAUAUAGUCCAAUUAAGCAACCUUUUCCCCUCUUUUGAUCUUUUAUACAAUUGCUUCUUCAACACUUAAACCAACCAACACUCACCGCUACACCUACUUUACAAACUUUUUUUUUAAAAAAAUUUAACCCCUUUUUAUUUCAUUUGGCUAUCUGGCCUUGAAGUUAAAGGAAAGUAAAAAGGGUGGUGUAAGCAAUGAUUGCUUAGGUGUAUAAUCCAUCCAAAUCCAAUAUGCCAACCCUCUCCACAUUGCCAAAUAUCUUUUGAUUAAGUUUCAAAAUCCACUUAUUUUAACUUAAACAAGUUGGUGUUAUGAUUAGGAGAAAAGAAAAGAAGUAUUUUAAGGAUAUAUACUAGCUAAGAAGAUAGAUGUAUCAUUGAAGAAUAAAAACAAAGUGUUUCUCAUCUUUAAAAAAACUUGUGGAGAAGAAACAAAGCAGUAAGUUUGCUAGAAAUAGCCAAUUUAUAAGAAAAUGACUACUGCUAGAUUCAUCAAAUGUGUUACUGUUGGUGAUGGAGCUGUUGGGAAAACUUGUAUGCUAAUUUCAUACACUAGUAAUACUUUUCCAACGGAUUAUGUUCCAACGGUGUUCGAUAACUUCAGUGCAAAUGUGGUGGUGGAUGGUAGCACUGUUAACCUUGGCCUAUGGGAUACUGCAGGACAAGAAGACUAUAACAGGCUAAGGCCAUUAAGUUACAGAGGAGCUGAUGUCUUUUUGCUUGCUUUUUCUCUAAUAAGCAAGGCAAGCUAUGAGAACAUUUACAAAAAGUGGAUCCCUGAGUUAAGGCACUAUGCUCCUACUAUACAAAUUGUUCUGGUGGGAACUAAACUUGACCUGAGGGAAGACAAACAAUAUUUAAGUGAUCAUCCAGGGGCUACACCUAUAUCAACUGCCCAGGGAGAGGAAUUGAAAAAGAUGAUAGGAGCGGUUGCCUACAUUGAGUGCAGCUCCAAGACUCAGCAGAACGUGAAAGCUGUAUUUGAUACUGCAAUUAAGGUAGCAUUGCGACCCCCUAAGAUGAAGAAAAGGCCCCAAAAAAGGAGGACGUUAUGUGCAAUUCUUUGAAUAUUAAUAUGCCUUUUUUUUCACAUUUCAAAUAUUAUUCAAUUAUAUUCUUAUCAUUUUGUAAAAGUAUAAGAGAAAAUGCUCAGUUGUAAUUUUUCUUCUAUUUUUUUUUUAAAAAAAAUCUAGGUGUUAGUGAUGUAUUAAAGUUCCAUUUUUUAACAUUUGUUCCUUAUAAUAAAAUCUUGUAAUAGC